UAAUUUCAUGGGUGAUGUAUUACUGAAUGUAAAUUAACUCCCUUGAUGCACUCUUCAAUUAGCUAGCAAAUUCACAGCUCAAUUGGCUGGCUAAUGCCUUAAUCAUCAUUGUCGUAUUUUACGAUUUCACCUAAAUGUACAAAUUACGUAGUCGACUAUGGAGUAUUUAUUUUACAAGGUAUUUAAAACACCAGUACUGUAGCAAUUAGCAUUAAAAAAAAAAAAAAAAAAUCUCAGGACAAUUUAUCAGUAUUAUCACUCUUUAUCCACCCCUUGGAAAUCUGUUCAAUUCUAGCAAACAACACUUGGUUUCUGACAAAAAUACUGGAAAUCAUCUUUUUAUCUUCCACAACGAUUUCAUCACCCUUUUCAUUUUCUCUCUCUUUUGGAGCUCCCAAUUCGUGGAAUUCCAUACCCAUUUCUCUCUCCUGUCUACAAUUUAUCAGAAAAGCAAGAUAAAAAUGGCGAUGAUAUUUCACUGUUCUUCACUUCUUACUCCUGUAAAGCAGUCUGGUAAUUCUUCUUGGCAGCAAUUGUUCUCCAGAAAGUUUAAAUUUGAGGGGGAUCCAGCGAUGCUGCCAUAUGAUUCAAAGAAACUCAUUCUGUCAAGUCAAGUUGCUGCAUCUGCACUGUCUAAGAUUUAUGGGAUAUAUCCUGGAAUGUCAUCUAUGAACUGGCUCCAGAACAAGAUUAACAUAAAAAGUUGCUUUCAUGCGUCUCCAUCACUCUCUAAAGAUGAUUAUCGAAGCCAUUUUGUCAAUCUGGAAGCGCGGAUUGCCAGAUUUCCUACAGGAGCAGUUUUAUUGACUAAUGCCAUGUUUCUGGCUAUGCCUUCAGAAGCUCUAGCGGAAACAAGUGAGGCAGUCAAUUCCUUCUUCAAUAUGCCUGUGCUCUUAUUUGUAGCGCUUGUUGGGGCAACUGUUGGAGGACUUCUUGCCCGGCAAAGGAAGGGCGAACUUGAAAGACUGAAUGAACAACUGCGUCAGAUUAAUGCAGCACUAAGAAGACAAGCAAAAAUUGAAUCUUAUGCGCCUAGCUUAAGCUAUGCCCCUGUUAGUAACAGAGUCCCAGAGAGUGAAGUAAUAGUUGAUCCAAAGAAAGAGGAGCUGAUUUCUCGUCUGAAGGCUGGGAAGAACUAUCUAAGGAACCAAGAACCAGAUAAAGCAUUUACGGAGUUUAAGGUUGCUCAGGAACUUGCGAAGAAUUUGAAUGAUCCUAUCGAGGAAAAGAAAGCUGCCAGAGGCCUAGGAGCCUCCUUGCAAAGACAAGGGAAGUACCGUGAAGCCAUAAGAUACCACAACAUGGUACUAGGUAUAUCUAAGCGCAUAGGAGAAACUUCAGGUAAUACAGAGGCAUAUGGUGCGAUUGCUGACUGCUAUACUGAGCUUGGGGAUCUUGAAAAGGCUGGAAAAUUCUAUGACAAGUAUAUUGCUAGACUAGAAGAUUAACCGUUUUUUUUUUUAAUCAUUACUGUCCUUUGCUAGCAACUCUAGAGAUGUAGUGCAAUUUUUGUAAAAUGAGAAUCAUAUCAGAAAGCUUUUGUAUCACAGCAGUGCUAGCUUUAAUCUGAGGAAUGAUCAAUUCUUUUUUCUUUCACUUUAUGUUUUAAAUCUUGAUUUUAAUUUGUAAUACUAUCCUUCGCUAUA